AAACCUGGUGGAAUUAUUGCUCUGCUGGAUGAGGCCUGCAUGUUCCCAAGGUCGACACAUGAGACCUUCGCUGAAAAGCUUUAUCAGACCUUCCGAGACAACAAACGCUUCAACAAGCCAAAGCUA